AUGGGGAAAUUCAGAAGUAUCCUCCUUCUGUGCUUUGGCUUUCUUCUAGUCCAUGUAAGAGGUCAACGUGAUUUUGAUUUAGCUGAUGCUCUUGAUCACCCAGAUGACAUAAUUACCAGGAAGCCUACAGUGAUCAGAAGACCAACAAGGCCUGUGCUGAACAAUGAUCUGAAUCUAGGCGAUGCUCUUGGUGGAGGUGACAUCUCAAGAAAACCUUUAUACCCACCUCUUCCACCACGACCAGGAAGUCAUAUGAAUUCUGGAGGUUUUGACGACUCAGAUCUCAUUGAUGGGAAGCCUUUACCACCGCACAUAGCAGGAGAAGAGAAGCAUCAUUUCAAUCAGGAAGGAAACACAGAUUCAGGAUUAAUAGCUGGAGUUACAUCUCCUAUAAUUUCUGCUUUUGUAAUAUUAAUUGUUGGAUCAAUAGCAGCCUACUCUGCUUACAGGAACAAGAGACUUUGUUUCAAACCACAUGGUAAGACCGAAUCGGUUUCAAAUAGAUGGGAAUUUUAUAAACUGUUUCAGUGGGAGCAGAAACAAGUCAGGGAUGAGGGCAUUUGA